AUGAAACUUCUCUCAAAUUUUCUACUUGCCAGUCCGCUGCUGGCCCAUGCAGUCUUCACAGGCGCCAAUCUGGACCCUGGACAAAUCAACUGGCAGCCUUGUUCCGAGUUCAACAGCACUGAGCUGAUCCAAUGUGCACACUUGACAAUCCCGCUAGAUUACACCGAACUAGAGUCAAAUAAGACGCUCCAGCUCCAGCUUCUCCGGGUCCCUGCCCUUCGCCAACCCUCAAAGGGCAGCAUCUUGUUCAACUUUGGCGGGCCUAGUGUUGCCGGACGGCCGUCCUUAGCUUCGUCGGGUGAAUUCUUUCGCAAGCAAUCAUACCAGUCCCCUCCGCGCGCCACUAGCGAGCAUCACGAUCUCGUCACAUUUGACCCUCGUGGUACUGGAAACACGCUGCCCUUCUCAUGCUUCGAAGAUGAGCAGGAAAAGCUCUCCUACUUCAUGAAGAACCCCAAAUCGUCCGACAAGACGCUUGCCAGGUUGUGGGCUACAGCCAAGCUCUUUGCAGACAAGUGCUACGAGCGCAACAAAGAGAUUGGAGGGCUUGUCGGGAGCGCUUUCGUCGCCAGGGACUUGAUGAAGAUCGUUGAUGCUCUUGGAAAAGACGGUUUGUUGAGGUACUGGGGCGGUUCGGAUGGAAUGCUUUUGGGGCAAACGGCCGCGGCAAUGUUUCCUGGGAGAAUCGACAGAAUGGUGCUCGACGGGGACCUCAAUCCUCACGAAUACUACCGAGGCCACGAUUACGAGCAGUGGACCGACUCGGACAAGACCUUCAGCGCCGUAUUCCAAUCCUGUGUCGCGAACCCAUCCGUUUGCCCGCUUGCCCAGCGCCAUCCGAAUCAGACAGCAGCUCAGCUUGAGGACACAAUCUAUACCCUCAUUGACGAUCUUAACGACCGCCCCAUCCCCUUCAACAGCCUCUUAUCGACUACGGCUACGUCAAAACUGGCGUCAUGGCGGCUCUCUACAGCCCGAAUCUCUGGUCCCUCCUGGAUGUUGACUUCGACUCCCUCAUAUCUCGGGACCUGA